GUGGGUGCCCUAAGAUGCCACCCCAAGCGUAAACAAAUCAAAGCAAUCAAACACACAAACGUAAGGGGUGCAAGACGGAGCUAGAAAUGGCUCCCAGGCUCUGCUGCUCUUCUCAAUUCUUGCUCGCCGUCUCCUUCCUGGCCGCCUUCGCGGCCGUCUCCAACGCCGGCAAGGUGGCCGUCUACUGGGGGCAGGGGGCGGGCAACGGCGACGGCACCCUCGCCGAGACAUGCGCCACCGGCCUGUACGACUUCGUCAACAUCGCCUUCCUCAACGUCUACGGCAGCGGCCUUACCCCGGUGCUCAACCUCGCCGCCCACUGCAAUCCGGACGCGGGGACCUGCAAGUCGCUCAGCUCCGAGAUCAGCUCCUGCCAGCAGAGCGGCGUGAAGGUGCUCCUCUCCCUCGGCGGCGAGAGAGGUCAGUACUCCCUCUCCUCCGCCGACGACGCGCGUGGCGUCGCCGACUACCUCUGGAACACCUUCCUCGGCGGCAGCUCGGACUCGCGCCCCCUCGGCGACGCGGUGCUCGACGGCAUCGACUUCGACAUAGAGAAGGACGGUGACCACUACGACGAGCUGGCGAUGGCCCUCUCGUCGAAAUGCAACGGCGCGUGCGUGCUCACGGCGGCGCCGCAGUGCCCGUACCCGGACGCCCACCUCGACGCGGCGAUCAAGACCGGGGUGUUCAGCCACGUUUGGGUGCAGUUCUACAACAACCGGCAGUGCCAGUACGCCAGCGGCGACGCGAGCGCGCUGCAGGCCGCGUGGGCGCAGUGGACGAGCGGCGUGCCGGCGCCCGCGGACGUCUUCCUGGGCCUGCCGACGGCGCCGGCCGCUGCACCGAGCGGAGGCUACAUCGACGCGGACACGCUGCUGUCGCAGGUGCUACCGGCGGUGGAGGGCGCGGCGGCGAACUACGGCGGAGUCAUGCUGUGGAAUCGCUGGAGAGACGUGACCGCUGGUUAUGGCGCCAAGUUGAAGGGGAAAGUUUGAAACAAAUUAAGCUACGCCUACGAACCAUUCAUAUUCACAGGCGUUUGAAAUAAGCAUAGCCUUUUUAAAUAGUUUUAUGGAUGUUUUCCGUGCUCCGGCCUCCCUCCGGUAGGGAUAGAAUGUACACCGACCGGACCUUGUUGAUUUAAUUUUGCAAGUUGCAUUUAAACUAUGUGUCUAUGUCUGUAAUGAACUAUGUCCAAAUUGCAUCUAAACUGUCUGUAAUGAACCAUGUCCAUCAGUCCAUGUUACAUCUAAACUAUGUUUGUACUGAAUUGUUCAAUCAAUUCAAUGUCAGUGUGUGCAAGUUUAUGUA